AUGGGACCAUUACCUCUGAAGCCUAUACUGGGGAAGUUGAGUUUCGGGAUUAUUUUGCUUUGUACUGUCAUGGGUGAUAGUAUUACUAAGGUCACAAUUGAUGGUCAUUACACAGUCAUGGAUAGAGAUCGGCUUCAGAUGGGUGAGGUAGCCUCUACAAUUCCAACGAUUGGGUUUAAUGUAGAGACUGUACAAUACAACAACAUCAAGUUUCAAGUAUGGGAUUUAGGUGGUCAGACAAGCAUUAGGCCAUAUUGGAGAUGCUAUUUCCCAAAUACACAAGCAAUAAUUUAUGUUGUUGAUUCAAGUGACACUGAUAGAAUUGGAAUAGCCAAGGAAGAAUUUCAUGCCAUUUUAGAGACUGAGCAGAGGGUGACACAAGUAAUUAUUCGCUCUGCUAUUGACUUUGAGAGGGACCCAUGGCCUAAGGUUUCGGACAAUGCAAAGGACCUUGUAAAGAAAAUGCUUAAUCCUGAUCCAAAGCAGCAUCUUACAGUACAAGAAGUGCUUGAACAUCCAUGGCUACAAAAUGCCAAGAAAGCACCAAACAUUCUGUUGGGUAAGACUGUGAAAGCUAGGCUCAAACAAUUUUCUAUAAUGAACAAGCUGAAGAAGAGAGAUCUAAAUGGCCCUUGUGAUGAAACUAGCUCUAACUUACCUCUUGUAGGUGCAAUUGCUGAUAGUCAGUUAGAUUUUCCACAGGUGAAGAGACCAGACCUUCUGGUUGGUCUUCAGCAGAUCCUCCACACAGGAGGCAUUCUGGGCUGA